UUGCAGCUGCAGAGGGCGACAAACGCCAUUGUUUCCAUCGUUAUUACAGUCCACCUGCGCGAGGAGUUUAGAUGAAAGGAGAUAUCUGAUGACUCCAGGUUGCAGCAAUGGAAAAGGACAGCAGACCAUCGUGGGACAAUCCCAUGCAGUUCGUCCUGGCUUGCGUGUCUUACGCAGUGGGACUGGGGAACGUGUGGCGCUUCCCGUACCUCUGUCAAAUGCAUGGAGGGGGCGGGUUCCUGAUCCCCUAUCUUAUCAUGCUGUUGGUGGAGGGCGUGCCCCUCUUCUACAUGGAGCUGGCUAUUGGACAGAAGAUGCGGCUGGGCAGCAUCGGGGCAUGGAGCGCCAUCAGCCCUUAUUUGGGGGGAGUGGGUAUUGCGAGCGUUGUGACAUCAGUAUACCUGUGUGUGUACUACAAUGUAAUCAUCGCCUGGGCCUUUUGGUACCUGUUCCACUCCUUCCAGACUUGAGAAAUUGUAGUGAAGUACCUUGCAAUCGGGGACAACAGUGGUGUCCCAGCUUGGACUCUACAUCACACGCUAUCCUGCAGAAUCUGUGUCGGCAGGCUGUGCUGCCCUGGGCAGAGUGCCCUGCCAACGGCAACCUGACGGGCCAGCUGGAGGAGUGCGAGCUGGGCACGCCCACGCAGUACUUCUGGUACAGGGAGACCCUCAACAUCUCCUCCUCCAUCGAGGAACACGGAGGCAUUCACAAAGGCCAGGCCGUCUGCCUCCUGCUGGCCUGGAUGCUGGUCUACCUCUGCAUUAUAAGAGGGGUCCAGUCCACAGGGAAGGUGGUGUACUUCACUGCAACAUUUCCAUAUGUGGUCUUGACCAUUUACCUGAUCAGAGGUAUCACGUUGCACGGGGCAAUGAAUGGCAUCGCAUACAUGUUCACACCAAAGUUGGAGGAGCUGGCUAAUCCCAUGGCGUGGAUCAACGCCGCCACGCAGAUCUUCUACUCGCUGGGCCUGGGGUUCGGCUCCCUCAUCGCCUUCGCCAGCUACAACCGCUAUCACAACAACUUCGAGCAGCAGGCCAUCAUCGUGUCGCUCAUAAACAGCGGCACGUCCGUCUUCGCCAGCAUCGUCACCUUCUCCAUUUACGGCUUCAAGGCCACUUUCAACUACGAGAGCUGCCUGGAAAGGGUGAGAAUGCUGCUCUUAAACACCUUGGAUGUGGCAGAGGACUCCAUCACCCUCGACAACAUGAGGCAUUGGUUGGCAGAGCUGAACAGCACACAUCCAGACCAGUCUUCUGCUUUGGCCUACAAGCUGGACAGCUGCAGCCUGGAAUCUGAACUAGACACGGCUGUGGAAGGCACAGGCUUGGCGUUCAUCGUGUACAGCGAGGCCAUUAAGAACAUGCCCUUGUCCCAGCUCUGGUCCGUGCUCUAUUUCUUCAUGCUGCUUAUGCUGGGGGUGGGGAGCAUGCUCGGAAACGUCACAGCCAUCACCACCCCACUGCGCGACUCCAAGUUCCUGUCUGGCUACUUCAACAAAGAGGUCCUCAACGGUUUGGUAUGUCUCCUCUGUCUGCUUCUUGGCCUGGGCUUCACCACCCGCUCAGGGAACUACUGGUUUGCCAUCUUCAAUGACUAUGCCUGCACCUUCUCCCUGCUCCUCAUCGUGCUCAUUGAGACCAUCAGUGUCUGCUACAUCUACGGCCUAAAAAGGUUUGAAAAAGACAUUGAGGACAUGAUCGGCCACCGGCCCAGCUGGUACUGGAAGAUCGUGUGGGCAGCCGUUGGCCCGAUCAUCAUCAUUGGGCUGUUUGUGUUCUACGUCGCCAGCUACAUAAUGGGCGGAACAUACACUUACCAUGCCUGGGACAAAGACCUGGGCAGGUCAGUGCCCAAGGAGUACCCGUUGAGCGCGCAGAUAGUCAUCCUCCUCCUCCUGCUGUCCUCUGUCUGCUGCAUACCGCUGACAGCGCUCUACGCUUACUGCAAGAAGAAGGAGCCCAAAGAAGGUGUCGUCAGUUGUCCUUUGACCUCUGAAGAAAUUUCCUGAAGGGGAGGAAGCCAAGAGACUCAUUUGUGCAGU